CAGAUUUGCUUUUUUUUGUGCUUGUCAUUGAGCGGAAGGUAGCUUCUGUAUACAGCAUAGAGAAAGCUGAUCCUGUCAACUAAAGGCUAGCAACUCAACUGGGAAUUAUUUAUUUUUACACUUAGGAAGAACUGAAGCAGUGGAACGCUGUUUCUGGUACAGCCUUCACUCUUAUUGGACCUCCGCUUCAGUCAUCAGAUCCAGGAGACUUUUUAAAACGCAGACGAUCGCUCCGCAGCACACUGCCCCUAGUGGAUGUAUGGUUGCCCGUCCACGCCAAGAUGAACAAGAUGAAGAACUUCAAGCGGCGCUUUUCCCUGUCCGUGCCGCGCACCGAGACCAUUGAGGAAUCCCUGGGCGAGUUCACUGGGCAAAUUAACCAGCUCAACAACCACAUGAGCAGGGACCUGGUCCCCAGUAAUCUGCAGCUGACAGCCCUGCACCCCGCCCUGCAGCCAGACCGCAGUCCUGCUCCCUGUAUUGAGGGCACCCAGUCCCCCACGCAGCUCCGCUACCAAAAGAACCACCGCCUCCGUCGAUUCUCCAUGGAGGACAUCACCAAGCGCAUAUCCCUACCUGUGGACACCAGUCUCCCAGAGGACUUCCUGCAGAAACUGCACAUGGACAGUCCUCCUGUGUCCAAACCGCUCAGCAGGACGUCCAGACGGGCAUCCCUGUCUGACCUUGGCUUCGGGAAGCUGGAGACCUACGUCAAGCUGGACAAGCUGGGAGAGGGCACCUAUGCCACGGUGUUUAAGGGGCGCAGUAAGCUCACAGAGAACCUGGUGGCUCUGAAAGAGAUUCGACUGGAGCACGAGGAAGGAGCCCCCUGCACUGCCAUCCGAGAAGUGUCCCUGCUGAAGAACCUGAAGCAUGCCAACAUCGUGACGCUGCAUGAUAUCAUCCACACAGACCGCUCCCUCACACUCGUCUUCGAGUACCUGGAUAGUGAUCUGAAACAGUACCUGGACAACUGUGGGAAUAUCAUGAGCAUGCAUAACGUUAAGAUCUUCAUGUUCCAGCUCCUGCGGGGUCUCUCGUACUGUCACAAGAGGAAGAUCCUCCACAGGGACCUCAAACCCCAGAACCUGCUCAUCAACGAGAAGGGCGAGCUCAAGCUGGCUGAUUUUGGCCUGGCACGAGCCCAGUCAGUGCCCACCAAGACGUACUCCAACGAGGUGGUGACGCUGUGGUACCGCCCCCCCGACGUGCUGCUGGGCUCCACAGAGUACUCGACGCAGAUAGACAUGUGGGGCGUGGGCUGCAUUCUGUACGAGAUGGUGACGGGGCGGCCCAUGUUUCCGGGCUCCACGGUAAAAGAAGAAUUCUACUUGAUCUUCAGGCUCAUAGGUACGCCAACAGACGACACCUGGUCUGGUAUAACAGCGAAUGAGGAGUUUAAAUCCUACCAUUUCCCUCAGUACAAACAACAGCCUCUCAUAAACCACGUGCCCAGGUUAGACACAGAGGGAAUUGACCUUCUUGCAAAUCUCUUAUUGUACGAGGCGAGAAGCCGGAUAUCUGCUGAAGCUGCUUUGAGGCACCCAUACUUCAAGAGUCUAGGGGAGCGGGUCCACUCUCUACCUGAUAACAGUUCCGUGUUCUCCCUCAAAGAGAUUCAGCUCCAGAAUGAUCCAGGAUACAGGGGCUCUGUAUUUCAACAAGCAGCUCGUGGCAAGAACAGAAGACAGAGCAUCUUUUAGGCUCAGGAAGGUGGAAUGGCUGUAAAGGAAGGGAGAGGGAGAGGUGGGGGUUUGCAUUCCAGAAGAACAAAGAGGAUGGGCUGCCCAUCGGCAGGGAAGCCUGGUUCCUGUGCUGCACUCUUUACAUUGAGAAACUUGAAUUCCCAGUUACACCACAGCAGAGCACCAUUACUGACCACCGGGUCUGGCUUAGCAACAUUCUCUCAGUAUUUGUUUCUGCUGCCUCCAGUUACAGUUCCCGAGCCCAAUCUAUCCCAGAGCCUGCUGGAUCCAAGUAGGUAAGAAAGUUAAGUAAGAAAGUAAGUUAAGUCAUCGUGUGGAGGCUGGCUCUCAUUAUAAGAGUCUGAGCAGCCAGCAUUGCUCAGCCUUGGUUCACUGUCCUCCCGCCCCAAACCGAACAUGUUUGUAAUAACAUGAAGACACAUCACCUACUAACUUAUAAUAAGGGUAGAACUAGGAACCUCCUGGUGUGUCCAGGAGAUUUGAUAUUGCCCACAAACCCGCUGCACUACCUAGUAUGCAGAAUAAUAGAGCUAGCAACAGCAAGCACCACACAUUGUUCUCCAAUACUGAUGAAAGCAGACCUAUUGAGUGCAGCCCUGAUACCGUGUCUGCCCCCGAUUCAGUGUAUACCUCUCAUUCACGAUGGUCCAAACUAACCCCAGCCGUAUCUGUGACUUUCCUUUCCACCCUGUGUAUCUGUGUACCUGUCACCCCUGUUUGUGAUACUCACACAUGGGGGAAAAACACAGGUACAUUUUACAGCAACAUCUCUGUCCAUACAUGACAGUUAAUAUACUGUAUGUUCAUACACAGUUGGUCUUUAAAAUGGUGCAAUAGCGUAUAUAUAUAUAUAUCUUGUUGUUAAUCUUUUUAACUUAAUAAAGCACAUUUUGCCAAUGCAAUGCACUUUCAUGGUUUAAACUACGGACCUCCAUCAUAUGGGAUAAAAUUAUACAGAGUGAAACUUAACAUGUAUAU